AUGGACGACAACUUGUCUGAUCUUGUACGCGACUCCAAACUAAGGACGCGCUACGAAAAACCUCACACUAUUCACCUCUUUGACGACCCGGAUGCUCCUCCUUUUUCCGCACGGCGACGCGAACAAUGGAAGAAAGAUCGAACGAUUGGCCAUGGCGGUCAAGGACGCGUCGUGUUGCAGACGUGCACCGGGGGCAGUCGAGGCUAUACUCAACGCGCUGUCAAGAUGAUUCCACUCCAAGAGGGUGGGCGACGGCGAUAUCUUCGGGAACUGGAAGCCAUUCUCAAGUUUUCUCAUGACAAAUACGCCAAGUACUUUGCAAAGACACUGGGAUGGUACACGUCACAAAGCAGACUGUAUAUCGCCAUGGAAUAUUUUCCCGCAGGAGAUUUACAUUCCUAUGCUCUCAAAUAUGCACCCUUGCCCGAAAAUGAGUGCUGCGAGAUCGCCAGUCAAAUUCUUCGCGGCUUGGCUGCCAUGCACCAGGAAAGUUUUGCACAUCGAGACGUGAAGCUUCACAACAUCUUGAUUCACCAAUCUCCUCGAUCUGUACCUCCUGCUCCAUGGUGGGUCAAGCUCGCAGACUUUGGCAUCAGCAAGAGGCUGGAGGCCGGGACCAGCGGCAGCACCAGGAGAAAUGGCACCCUGCUAUACAUGGCGCCCGAACUUCUUAUAUCCGAGCUGUCCGAUGGGUCACGAUUUGACUACCCUGCUGUGGACUUGUGGGCUCUGGGCGUCACAACCUUUUUCAUCUUGACCAAGAGUCUUCCAUUCCAGGACCUGUCAUCCGUCAUCAAAUACGCCAGUGAUGCCAACAGGUCGUUUCCUGAGACUGCUUUUCUUAAUUGCAAAGUAAGCAUGGAUGGGCAAGCUUUCGUUCGUGCUUUGAUGAGACGAAAACCGACAGAGAGGUUGAAUUCGUGGGCUGCCAUGCGCCAUGCGUGGAAUCAUCCAUGGCGGCCGGAGACACAGACACCACCACCACACAGCGGGCAAAUCCAGCGCUCGGGACAAUCCUUCAAGGUUGCUCACCAUGUUAGGUCUUCGCAAUUUUCCUCUAUGAGCUGUUCUUUCGACGAAGGAACGGAUGGCUCAUCGGGCCUUGACGACGUCAGCUCGCAGUUGUACUCUAAAUCUUGGUCUCACGAAGACACCGAGAAAACCAAUUCGGCCUUCGAAAUACUUCGCUCACGCUGGAAUGAAGAUGGUGACGACUGGCUGUUACUGGCCGCAUUAUCCGAUGAUGCAGCUAUAAGGGAUUACCUACUACUGAUGAAGGGAGGUUUCGGGGCCGCCAAGCGUGCAGCACUCUCGCAGGCUAUAUUUUCCGAUAUGGAAGGCUUCAUCAAUUUCUUGAUUGAGACGAGUGACAAUCUCGAUUCAAGGACUAGAUGUGGGAAUACACCCCUUCACCUGGCGGCAAAGGCUGGAAAUCUGUCUGUGGUGCCGCUCUUGAUCAAAGCAGGCGUCAACAUUGAAGCUAAGAACAGCGACGGUGAAACGGCACUCUCUGAGGCCUCAAAGGCGGGAAUCGAGGUCAUGGUGGAGAUGCUAGUUGAGGAAGGCGCCAACAUUGAGGCCAAAAACAAAAAGGGCGAGACGCCGCUCGUUCACGCCGUUGUAAACGGGCAUGAGGGCACAACGGAGCGGCUGGUGAGCAUGGGUGCCGAUCUCCAGAGCAGGGAUAUUGAAGGUAAUAUGGUAUUCUUAAGGGCUUCGGAGGAAGGAAAAAUGGCCAUGGUAAGGGGCCUGGCCAAGAAGCAUUGA